AUGGCCGUGCCGGCGACGGCGGGCGAUGCGUCGACGAGCGCUACCGCGGGCAGAUGCGGCACAAACGGGUCCUCCACCACUGACUUCCAUUACAGCACGUCAAACCCAAGUCCGCACACGCUGCAGCGCACUGCCCCUCUUUCGGAGAUCAUCAGGGGCCUCCCCACAGUCACCAUAGCCGUUCUGUCUCGCACAGGUACGAGCUUUUACUGCGACUCCCGCCUCUUCAACGGAAACUCACAUCACCGCCGUAGACCAUCCCUUUCCGAACUGGACGGUACGGUGGACCUCGAGAUCUCGAUGCACAAGCGCACCAACGCGGUCAUCCUAGCGGUUCUGUGCGCCCUCGCAUACGGGACCAGCGACGCGCUGCGCAACCUCAUCAUCGGGCUUCUCACCGCGUCGUUCACCGUGGGGAUCGCGUGGAUCGCGGAGCUCGUGACACUCCCCCUCCGCGCUCCGUUGUUCGGUCUUCAGAGCGCGAGCGUCCGAUUUUUCAUGCUGUGGCCAGUACCCGACGUUGAGCUCGAGUAG